AUGGCCUUGCAUGUGUCCCGGGAGGCUUUUGGAGCUGGGCAGCACGCAGAACCUGGAAGACAGUUCUUGGAGGGUCCCCUGGGUGGCCCCCAGCCCCGUGCUGCCACCGCCACUCUUCCGGAGAGGAAACGGGAUUUAGGGAGCGCCUUCGAAGCCUCUGUUGGUACAGGCUGUCCUUCCAGCUGGCCGGGGGUGCUCUCUGGGGAAUGCACCGCUGGCGGGAGCGGGAAGGCAGAGCCAGGGGUCCCCUCGCCUGGGGCCGGGGGUCAGGCCUGCCGGGGCAGGAGGAGAGCGCAGGGCCGGCGGGCUGCGGCCGGGUGGGUUCGCAGGCCAGGGCACAAGUCUCGGGAGAGACGGAGCGCGGCCAGGAGGCGUCCGGCCGAGCCCACCCAGACGAGGCCCGGCGGGGGCCUCCGCGGGCCGGACUCCGGGCACCGCGCCGCCGCCGGCUCGCCCCAGACAUUCCGUUUCUGCCGCCGGAAUGCUCGGACAGGCUCCGGCUGGCCCCGGGCGCCGAGCCCGGCGGCUCCUCCCGUGCUCCGGCGGUGGGCGGGGCCGCGGGGCGGGGCCGCGGGGUGGGCGGAGUGCGGGGCGGCGGGACCUUUAAAUUGGCCUCCUCGGCGCGGGGCUCAGGCGCUUGCCUGCUGGAGCGAGGCAACCUUCGAGGACAACACCUGCAGGAGUGCGGAGCCCGCCAUGCCGCGCCACCUCUCGGGACUGCUCCUGCUGCUGUGGCCGCUGCUGCUGCUGCUGCCGCCGCCGACCCCCGCCGCCCCCGGCCCCUUGGCCCGCCCGGGCUUGCGGAGGCUGGGGGCGCGGGGCCCAGGGGGCAGCCCCGGGCGCCGCCCUGCUGCGGCCGCCCCCACCGGCGCGCCCUAUUCCGGGGUCCGCCAGCGCGGCGGGGCCCGCGGCGCAGGUGUUUGCAAGAGCAGGCCCUUGGAUUUGGUGUUUAUCAUCGAUAGUUCUCGCAGUGUGCGGCCCCUGGAGUUCACCAAGGUGAAAACCUUUGUCUCCCAGAUAAUUGACACUCUGGACAUUGGGGCGGCGGACACACGGGUGGCAGUGGUGAACUAUGCCAGCACUGUGAAGAUUGAGUUCCACCUCCAGACCCACUCAGAUAAGCAGUCCUUGAAACGGGCCGUGGCCCGGAUCACCCCCUUGUCAACAGGCACCAUGUCAGGCCUGGCUAUCCAGACAGCGAUGGAUGAGGCCUUCACAGUGGAGGCAGGUGCUCGGGGGCCCACUUCCAACAUCCCUAAGGUGGCCAUCAUCGUGACAGACGGGAGGCCCCAGGACCAGGUGAAUGACGUGGCGGCUCGGGCCCGGGCAUCUGGUAUUGAGCUCUAUGCCGUGGGUGUGGACCGGGCGGACUUGGAGUCCCUCAAGAUGAUUGCCAGUGAGCCCCUAGAUGAGCACGUUUUCUACGUGGAGACCUACGGGGUCAUUGAGAAACUUUCCUCUAGAUUCCAGGAGACCUUUUGCGCUGCAGACCCGUGUGCCCUUGGCACACACCAGUGCCAGCACGUGUGUAUCAGUGACGGGGAAGGCAAGCACCACUGUGAGUGUAGCCAAGGAUACUCCUUGAACGCUGAUAUGAAGACAUGUUCAGCUAUCGAUAAGUGUGCUCUGAACACUCAUGGAUGUGAACACAUCUGUGUGAACGACAGAACUGGUUCUUACCAUUGUGAGUGCUAUGAAGGUUAUACCCUGAACGAAGACAAGAAGACAUGUUCAGCUCAAGACCAAUGUGCCUUUGGUACACAUGGCUGUCAGCACAUUUGUGUGAAUGACAGAGAUGGGUCCCAUCACUGUGAAUGCUACGAGGGUUAUACUCUGAAUGCAGAUAAUAAAACGUGUUCAGUUCGCAGCAAGUGUGCUCUGGGCUCGCAUGGUUGCCAGCACCUUUGUGUGGACGACGGGGCCACGGCCUAUCACUGUGAUUGUUACGCGGGCUACACCCUGAACGAAGACAAGAAGACGUGUUCAGCCAUUGAAGAAGCACGAAGACUCAUCUCCACAGAAGAUGCUUGUGGAUGUGAAGCCACACUGGCAUUCCAGGAUAGGGUCAACUCAUAUCUGCAGAGACUGAGCGCCAAACUUGAUGACAUUUUGGGGAAGUUGCAAGCAGAUGAAUAUGGACAAAUACAUCGUUGAGUUACUCAGAUUUUUCACCUGGAAAUACGGAGGGCUUGGUGUAUUUAAUAUUUUUGCAUACUUCAAUGUUCCUGCUAAUAAUUUGCCAUUGCAAAUGCUUGAAUAUUACUGGAUAAGUAGUAUGAGGAUCUUCUGGAGAAUCAGUAUUGUUUUUUUAAGGAAAUAAUUACGUUCACAUCUUUAAGAGCAAACUUUAGUGUCUCUAAGCUACGACUGUGAAAUGAUUCGUAGGAAAUAGAAUGAAAAG